AUGCACGCUGACGAUUCACCGCCGAGGCGUUCUGGAAGAGCGCGCGGGCCAUACAGAGGAGAGCAGAAAAUUGAGGACAGUCCUCUUAUAAAGGCUGCGCGUAUGGGCGACGCCUUUGGGGUUAGGAUGAAUAUGGAGAGGUGGAAGAGGAAACCCGAUGCAUUAGGAAACUAUGCGUUACACAUAGCAGCUCAAGCUAACAACGUAGACAUUGUACAGUACUUAGCCGAGCAUGAGGCAGAGCUGAAAAAUAAAGACGGUGAAACCCCUCUCAUGGUAGCUCUCUCUGCUAAGGCGCUCUCCUCGGCCAUACUGUUGGUAAGGUACUCAGAUUUUGAAACUGAUGCGAAAGGAUAUGGGCUUUUAGAGCAUGCGCUGCAGGGAAAUUCCUUAGAGUGCGUUCAGUGCGUUGUCUUGUACUUCAAACCCUCACCAGAGCAGAUAUACCCCGUCCUAGAAGAGGCCCAUCGCCUUGGACGAAUAGAAAUAGCAAAAUUCUUAGAGAAUGUAAUGAAUAAUAUUAUAUUUAUAGAUUGCGGAGAGUGUUGGAAAUUAUUACAGAAAUAUGGAUCUGCAAUAGCGGCGACCGAGAAGUUUUCUGAGCAACUGCGUAUCAUUGAGGAGGCCAAAAGUGAGGCACAGCAUACAGAGGAACAGCAGAUACCGGAGUCUCUAGAUGUUAGGAAGAGCUCCAUAUCUACCUCACGCAAAGGGUCGGUUGGCAGACGCAACGAGCCUGGUCGCAGUAACAGCGUAACAUUUUCAGACACAGUAACCGUUAUGGGUGCCGAGCUAACGUCAUCCAACAAAGAUCCUGGACUAAUGGAGCAAGAGAUCUUGGACCUGAAGGCGAGGCUUAAUAAGCUCACAGUCGAUUUGGAUUUAAAAAGCAAGGAAAAUGAAAGCCUCUUGGUUCAACUGCAAGCUGCUGGCGAGGCGGCUAAAGUUUCUAAAAGUAGACCAAAGACGAAGGAUCAGGAGGCCGAGCUAGUCAGCAGAGCCGAGCUAGAUAAAGCAGCUACUUUGAUCUCCCAGCAACAGCUAAGAAUAGAUGAGCUCGAGCAGAUUUUGGCACAUAGUCAUGCUACUGCAGUCAAGGAUAGUAGCACAGACCAGUCAGCUGCACAACCGGCUCCAGAUGAUCAAGGUAAGAAGAAACAAGCUAAGAAGAAGAAGGACACCAAGGAAGUCCUUGAAAAAGACAAGCAAAUUGUGUUCCUGCAGGACCAACUACUUGAAUCAGAAAAGAGAUGCACGCGCUUACUGUCAGAGCUGGACGAGGCGAAAAACAAGCAAGUCCCCAGUCCACACUUGAUUCCUUACAUGCAACUGGAAAAAUCGUACAAGGUAAUGCAGGAGGAUCUGCUGAGACAGGAGUCUAAAGUUUUAGACUUGCAGAAUACGAUCAACAAGCUUCGAGCAGAAGUAUCCAAUAAGAAUGCACUCUUAACUCAAGCGCGGGGCAUAAUAGCAAGUCAGAAGGAGCACUUAGGAGGAGCAGAGAAGGAGAAAAGGCAAGGAAAGGGUGCCUCUCAAAAGUCUGCUGAGAGACGGAGCAUGGUGCCAGUAGCAUCGUAUGAUGAUGACACUGGCGCAGAUGCAGAUCCAAACGGCUUGCACAGGUCUUCAAGCCAGGGAAUCAGGCAGACGAGGACCUCUAAAUCUCAAGCACUGACACUACCCUCAAAGCCAGGAAAGGUCAAGCAGCUUCCACCGUGGAGAGGAUUAAUAGAUGAACCCAACGUAGAUCUCCCAAGUAAGAGCCAGCAGCAGGAUCCCGAACAAGAGUAUCUUUUUAGAGAGCAUGACGACCUGGCCAAGGAUUACAGCAAUUCUCCUGCCUUCCAACACACAGAGCCUCUGGCAAGUUCUAUGAUGAAUUCAGAUGCAGGGUCAAGAAACUCUCCAACAAUUAAGUCACUUGCUUCACCUAUACAGUCAUCUCCACUAAGAGUGAGUCCGACUCUGUUUGAGGUGGACACUGUGAGAGAUUCAUCUUUAUCUCCGCUUCGAACGAUUUCCCCACAUUCACCCCUACAGGCUGCAACCAACGUCACCAGCUCACCUUCUCGAAACCAGCAGGCACUUCCGCAGAACAUGGUCAGGCAGGAUAAUGGUAGGGGAGCUCUCGUGAAGGUGGGCCCGUCUAAAGGGUUUGUCAGCGUCAGACAACACAACCCUCACUUAUUUUCUACAGAUACAAUUAUAGAAGCCAGUAUCGAUAGCAAUGUUAACAGUUAUGGAACAGACACUGUCUCUCUGCUAGCGGACCCAUCUGUGCUGGCUGGCAAUUCGCCCACGAAGGUAUUGUUACCGACAGCUGGAAGACGAGUCUCUGGGGGCUAUGCUCAAGGAGGAGGCGGAGGUAGCUUUGCAAGUGCCUCUAAUAUCUCUUACGUGGAAGCAUCCUUCAAUGCGCCUGCUUCUCCACAGCAGAUGGCGUCCUCUCAAGGUGUACCCACACGUAACUCUCUUGGUGACCAGAGUCACCACAUAGAGCCUCCAGAUUCCAGCAACCCAAUUCGCAACAUGAUCAAUAGCUCUUACGGAAUGCAGCAGCCCGUACAUCAAUCCACAGUUCAGAUGGCCACAGCAUCUGGACCAUAUCUUCCACCAACAACCAACUUGGAGGGCCACGUUUCGCGUAUCCCUCAUCCUUCAUAUAAACAGCCAGCCUUCAGUUUUCGUGUGGGAAAUGUUCUGCAGGGUCCAGGAGAUGACAACAUCUAUAAUUUAUACGCGGCACCAUCAAACCCUCCCUACAAUACAGGAUAUGCUGCUAAGUCUUAUAUGCAUCCUUCCAGUGUGCGUAGUUAA